GCGCACAUUUUGAGCAUCGACGCUGUUUACGCUGUAGCUCGGCCACCACCGACGUUACAUAGUCCACACAAGUUCUCUGGCCUCUCAGCUAAGGGUCGCAGCAGACUCCGCGCGAACGCUCUUCACGGGUGUGUAAAAAGCGGGAAACAGGCACACAGAGCGUAACCCCCAAAGUCCCCGAUAAGCGCGCGACCGAAGAAGUCACAUCGAAAAAGAUGAACAACCAGCCGCCGCAACGCCCGCGAAGCCCGCCGCGAGGUGGUCAGGCGCCCCCGAUGAUGCCGCCGUCGCCCAAGGUGGCCAAGAUGGGAGGAGCGCCGCCGGCCGUGAUGCGCCCGGCCGCCGCGCCGCCGAUCGUCCCGCCCAUCGCGGCGCCGCGGCCUCCCCAGCCGCCCGCGCCCAAGCCGGCCGCGCCGCCCGCCGCCAAGCCGCCGCCGUCGCCCCAGAUCGACCCGGCCGCCGAGGCUAGAGCCCGGGCCGAAGCCCAGAAGGCCGCCGCCGCGAAGGCCCGCGCCGCUGCUGAAGCCAAGGCCCGCAAAGAGGCGGAAGCGGUGUCGCGCCGUGUCGAAUCAAACUUCACGCGGCCCACGCCAUCGACGCGACGUUGUCACCGUAAACGCGCAUGCUCGAUGGACGAGACUCACACUGAGGUUGAUUUCUACACAGAUUGCUAAGGCUGAGGAGGAUGCUCGCAAGAAGCGCGCCGCAGCGCUCGCCGAGGCGUUCGGAGCGGUGUCCCGAAUUUUCGAUCGUUGUCCUACUCGAGCUCAGAUGUGAUUCACACACAGGGAGGCCGCGGCCAAGAAGAAGCUUCAGGAAGAGGCCGCCGCCCUCGCGAAAGCUCACGCCGAGGCCGCCGCCAAGGAGAAGGCUGCCGCCGAGAAGCGCAAAGCUGAGGAGGAGAAGGUAUGUGGAACCGAGUCCGAUGUGACGGUCGCGCCCAUGUCACCGGUCCAUUGCCCCGCAGGCGCGCAAAAAAGCGGAGGAAGAAGCUAGGAAGCGCGCCGCCGCCAUUGCGAAAGCUGAGGCGGAAGCUAAAGCUGCGGCAGAGGCGCGCGCCGCGGAAGAAGCCAAGGCCAAGGCCCAGGCCAAGGGCCUCGUGGCCGCCGUCGCCAUAAAACAAGCCAAGGAUCAAGAGGCGGCGGUCGCCGAGGCGUCGAAGAAAGCGGAGGCGGCGGCCGCCGCGGAGGCCGAAGCACAGGUCGCCGCCGAGGCCGCGUCGCGGGAGGCCGCGGCCGCGCGCAAGCGGGCGGAUUCGGAAGCAGGGACGCUAGCGGAGCUCAAGCGCAAGGCGUCGGCGUUAGAAAAGGACGCCAAGGCCGCCGGCGCGACGAUCCCGGACCUCGACAAGCCCGAGCCGAAGAAGCCCGCCGCCAAGAAGGGCAAGAAAUCGUCGGGCGGCUCGAAGAAGCGCAAGUCCGAGGCCAUCUCCGAGGAGGAGCCCGCGGCGGAGGCGGCGGGCGGCGACGACGCGAUGGAUAUGACCGCGGUGAACAAGCUCACAGCCGACAAGUUGAAGAAAGAGCUGAAAAAGCGCAAGCUUGAUGACAAGGGCAAGAAGGCCGAACUCAAAGCGCGGCUCGUCGAAGCACUCGGACUCUAGGCGCUCGGCCUCUGAACAUCGGGGUGGUAGCCUCCCCCUCCCCAUCCCUGUCCGUGAUCGGUGAGCUAGGAUCCCUUCGGUAAGCUCUGCUGGUUGAA